AUGGAUUUUUUUAAAAGUGUUUUGCCUCCACUGCCACAGUUACCAAAGUUGAAAAAAAUCCGUCUAUGGAAUGGUGGCUCAUUGCUUAGUCUCAACCAAUUCCCAAAUUUGACGGCACCAUUCAACAACAUUGGUAAUUCGGGCGCAAGUUAUUCAACGGGAAUGCAUUCCAUCCGGACUCAAUCGAUUCAUCAGGACAAACCAAAUAGUUCACUGCACUCUCACCAACACCACAUUCGUCAUUCGUCAGAUAUUUCCAUUAUCUCAGCAACAGUUAGCAGCCAAGCACCGGGUGACUUUUGCCAUCGGGACAAUCUAGGUUUGUAUGCUUUAAAAUGCGAUCGUAGUGCAGCCAAGCAUGGCAUCCUUCUUAACCUCCCACGCAAAAUUACGCAAGCUGUGGCGGCGGGUUCCGAGAGCAGCGGUCGUGGUUUUGUGGGCCCUGAAAUGGUGCAUGAAAAAUUUUCACCAUGCAAGCACCAGCUGGGUGUAAAUGAACCUUUGAUUAUUAAACCACCACCGCGACGGAGAAAACGUUUUCAGCAGCCUGUGCCAAAUAUACAGGAUCAACACGUACUAUCGAUAAAAGAUAUGAGUCGAUGGAAAAAAAAUAAUAGCGAACUGUUUCGUAUCGUUGAAAGGGAGUCUACACACACUGCUCGUGUUUAUUCGUCAGGUGGAGUUGGAAUGCUACUAUCUACAAAAAAUCCACAUCACAGUGCCGCAAUAGCAAAGGAAGAAGUCUUCGGUGCCUUGGAGGCGCAAUCACACCACAGAGGAGAUAGUUUGAUCAGAACGCUUCACUCGAAUAAUUUUAAACCGAUACGUUAUCACCGUCGUAGACGAGGAGCCUUUAUCGAGCCGGAAGUGCGACGAGAUGAGAAUCAUAGUGUAUCGGAACACAAACCAUUGUCUAGUUUUACCAUAACAACCCCCGUUGAACAAAACGAUAAACCUAGUGAUACAAAAGCUCAUAGUACAGAACUUGCCAAUAAUACAAAUCGAAAGUCAAAUGCCCCACCCUCCGGGGCUACUUUGCCUCUAGAUCGACCAUGUGAUUUCAUUAUAGAAUCUAAUCCACCAGAUCAGUUCAAUGUAAGAAUUUGUAAGGAUCCCAUAACAGUUGAUGUCAACGAACCAGUAGAACCUGUUGUAAUCACCACCAGCAGAAUUUUAAAGGAACGACGAUUUCCUGAAGAACACCCAUUACCUGUACGAUUAAUGCAACUAAAAUAUGGUGAACCUGGUCGUCAAAGUCGCCUUGAAGCAAAUGAUUCCUCUGGCCAUAUAACUUUAAAUGAUUCGCUCGAAAAAAUCGGCGAAUCAAGGGAAUCCAAUCAGAAUGUACCUUUAGCGGAGGUAUUGCGGAAGUCAGUAGAUCGAACAAAGUUGAAACACAAAUGGAACAACGGUUCUUUCACACAGUCUGACGAAAACAUUAGCAAUGAUGAUCUCAGUUACGUCAUAAAGGAAAACCUAUCAGAAGACAGCGUGAGUUACGUUCCGCAGAUAAACAUGAUACAACGGAUGGAUCGGCAGUUAGAAGAAUUGGAAGUCACAGGAUUGACCGAAAAAAAGGUAGCAGAAGGGUCAAUCUCCAACUCCACACAUAAACGCAAUUCCAACGAUAGUGUGAAUAUCUUUCAGCAAACAAUUGAUGAUUUUGAGGAUUUUGAUAAACUGUUUGCACCGGCAGAAAAGUUGAGAGAACCUGAUUUUAAAAAAGCAGUAAAAAUGAGCGAAGAGGUCGUUCACAAAGACUGCGCCAACAUUACCGAUAAUUUUUGCUUUUUCUCUACUUCCUCUUUUGCAUGUGCUAGUAUCGAAGAAAACGAACGUGAAGCAUCAAUUUCAGUUUCUCCUCUUAUUUCACAAUCACCCUGUAGUGCCAUUAGAGAAGCAAAAACACUGCAGCAGUGCAAUCCACUGAUUGUCGAUGGGAAAAUCUAUGGAACUAUCACAGAUGCAGGUUGCAAGAACACCGUUAAAGUUCAAGAUUACAGUAGCAAGCACCUGCAACGAGUACGAUACGUUUCUUCGCCGUCCCCAUCCCGAAGCUCACGUGUAGAGCAGAUGUAUGCAACUCGUUGUGACCAAACAGACAAUUAUCGAUCAACUGAUUCUAGUAGCGAAAAUGACCACGAUUGCGACGAAGCUGCAGUAAACAAUGAUAUAGUGCUUCCUAUAAAAAUGAAUAAGAUUGCUACGAAUUACGAUAGAGUCGUAAAAAUGCAGAAAGAACAUCAGCAGCAGAGUCAAAAUAUUGUUAUCUAUACCAAAUCAAAUACGACCGAUUCAUUGUGCCACAAACCAAUAUUGACAUCAUCAGUGGAACCUGUUUGCUCUAUUGAUCGAGCACCGGCCGAGGCCGUGUCGCCUGACGACCAACCAAUGUUUGCAACAAUUUCAUAUAAUCUUCAUAAUUCUUCCAGUAAUAAUACAUUCAGAAUGACUACAAAUACUAAUACGAGAGCUGUUAAUACGAUUAAUCCUAAUGUUGCUAUAUCAGUGUUUGAUGAUAUUUGUCCUAACUCUGCAACUACUUCCAAUGAAGUUACCAUGAUUGAGCAUGAAUUUAAGCAAAAUCGUAUGCCCCUGUCUAAAAACGGCGCGCAGGCAUCAUCCCGUUUGGUUCUUCAAUUACAAUCCGCUUCUGUCCGGUACCCCCAUCAUCCAAUGCCCGACAGCAGUGGCAGUGAUUCAAAGGCACAGUACCACAGUCGUGAGUCGCCAAAAUGUUCCAAACUGAUUGAAGCUAGGACGCCACCAAUUUGUCACAGCAUCGUACCAAAUUACAAUGAAUACUAUGACGAAGAAGGAGCUAUUAUAAUAUGAUCUCGA